AUGGGACGUACUGGUUUUCAAUUGGUUGAUAUUAGUCCUUGACCUUUAAGUGCCUCUUUUAGGGCCUUGGGUUUAACGACUGGUAUGAUUUCUUUAUUUUGUGAGGGUUUAAGGAGAUUUGUCAUUGUUCUGGGUUUAGGAUCGUUUUUAUUAUUAGUUAUUACUUUAGUUCGAUGAUGAGGUGAUAUUAUUUUAGAGAGGACUUUUCUUGGUUGUUAUAGAAGGUACGUGGUGCGUAAUUUGCGUUGUGCUAUGUUUUUGUUUAUUUUAUCCGAGGUUUUCUUUUUUGUAAGGUUUUUUUGGGCAUUUUUUAAUGCUAGGGUAGGGGAGUUGUCAAUACAGGGUGUUGGGUAUUGACCUCCAGUAGGGAUUAAUCCUAUUUAUCCUUGACAGGUUCCUUUUUUAAAUACUAUUGUAUUAUUAAGUUCAGCUUUAACAGUUACAUGGGCUCAUAAGGCUGUCAGGGUUCAUAACAUGUCUGUAUAUAUUAGAGGAUCUCCUAAAUAUAUGAGAUUAAAUAGAGAACAGUAUUGAAAUUCUGGUUUAGUGGCCUUAGGUUUGACUGUGUUUUUGGGCCUUUUCUUUACAUAUCUUCAGGCUACUGAGUAUUAUAUGACGUCUUUUUGUAUUAGGGAUAGGGUCUAUGGUUCUACUUUCUUUUUGCUUACUGGGUUUCAUGGAAUGCAUGUUAUUGUUGGUACUAUUUUUUUGAUUGUUUGUUGAUUUCGAUUGUACUUGUUACAUUUUAGUUAUCGGCAUCAUUAUUUUGGGUUAGAUGCAGCUGUAUAUUAUUGACAUUUUGUUGAUGUAGUGUGAAUUGGUGUAUUUGCUUCUGUUUAUGUGUGAGGUUACU